AUGUCAGUUUACGGUGUUGUACUCGUUUUGACGGCCGCUUUCGUCGCCCUUCUUCUGCUUAAGAUACCACUCGAUCUCCGUUCUCGGUCAGAUGGUCGCCGCGCACCGGCCGCGGGGCAAGACCACUUCCACUGUGGCAAUUCCUCGGCGCAGGCUUUGAAGGCGGGAUGUACCUUCGACCAGCUUUUGUGGGCAUGGCUGCCUCCAGAUUGUCCAGAGUACGCCAAUCAAGAAUUCAUGAAGGCGGGCGACUGGAGAUAUUAUCUGGAUCCCCUCGGCAAGCAAAGAGCGACCGGAGCAUCCUGGACGGCGGCGAUGGACAACGAGAUCAACCUUUGGGGCGAGAAGGGCGAGCAUUUGAGCCAUUGCGUUUUCAUGUUUCUGAGUCUUGGAAGAAUCGUCCACGACGGGACAGCGUAUCCUCCUCGGCUCGUGAGCAAUGAGCACUUGGAUCACUGCGCGGAGUAUCUUCUCGAAGCAUUGCGUAAGGGAGAUGAUUGGCAAACAAUGGAGAACUCGGUGGGAAAGGUUUCGUAUGAGGAGUACUGCUUCCGAUAUCAUUGA